AUGAAAGUUUUAACUUUAACUCUAAUUAUGUUAGCCUCUUUGUUAUUCUUUGCAAGCAUUGUAUUGGCAAAUCAAAACGAUAUGUGUGAUGUUAAAUCUGAAGAAGAAUGUGUAAAUUAUGAUGAAUGUAUUUUGAUAACUCCAGGAACUGGUUCAGUGUGUGUAUCAAAAGAACAUCUAGGUACAUCAAAUGAUAUUUCUACUUAUCAAUACUAA